UAUCAGAGUUUGGUGUUUCCACUACUUUGCCAGGCUCUCAGGCCAUCACCCUGCACCCGCUUUUCUUUACUCCUUUACUCGGCUGUGAAAACAAGCUAAACCCCGGUCAAGAUGGAGGCCAUCAAGAAGAAGAUGCUUAUGCUAAAGCUGGACAAGGAGAACGCACUCGAUCAGGCCGAACAAGCUGAAGCAGACAAGAAAGCAGCCGAAGAGAGGAGCAAGCAGCAUGAAGACGAACUUCUGCAGAUGCAGAAGAAGCUGAAGGGGACAGAGGACGAGCUCGAUAAAUACUCCGAGGCCCUGAAGGAUGCACAGGAGAAGCUGGAGGUUGCUGAUAAGAAGGCUGCUGAUGCUGAAGCAGAGGUAGCUUCCCUGAACAGACGCAUCCAGCUGGUGGAGGAGGAGUUGGACCGAGCUCAAGAGAGACUGGCAACAGCUCUGCAGAAACUGGAGGAGGCUGAGAAGGCUGCUGAUGAAAGCGAGAGAGGUAUGAAGGUGAUUGAAAACAGGGCUCUGAAGGAUGAGGAGAAGAUGGAGCUCCAGGAGAUCCAGCUGAAGGAAGCCAAACACAUCGCAGAGGAGGCCGACCGAAAGUAUGAGGAGGUGGCUCGUAAGCUGGUGAUUGUAGAGGGAGAGCUGGAACGUACGGAGGAGAGAGCAGAGCUCGCCGAGGCUAAAUGUGCUGAACUGGAAGAGGAGCUGAAGAACGUCACCAAUAACCUCAAAUCCCUGGAGGCUCAGGCUGAGAAGUAUUCUCAAAAGGAGGACAAGUAUGAGGAAGAAAUCAAGAUCCUGACUGACAAGCUGAAAGAGGCUGAGACCAGAGCUGAGUUCGCUGAGAGAUCUGUGGCCAAGCUGGAGAAGACUAUUGAUGAUCUGGAAGAUGAGCUUUAUGCACAAAAACUCAAGUACAAAGCAAUCAGUGAGGAACUUGACCACGCACUCAAUGACAUGACCUCGAUCUAAACGUCCAGAAGCUCCACCACGCUGCCAGCUUGUGACCUUCUGCUGCGGAACAUCGUCUUCUGGGUCUGAACCUGCAGCUGGUCUCUGUUCAUCCUAUAGUCGUCGUUCAUUGUAUAGUUUCUGUUUGUCUUGUUCACACUUCAUUGUACUCGUGUAUCGAUUCUGUGCUGUACCACCUUUAAACGAGAAAGAAAACGACUUCCUGAGUCAAUGCA